UUCAAAACAAAACCAGUUUUUACUCAGCUUUCCGAAAUUAUUUAUAUUUUACAUUCGGAUUUGAAGUUAAAAAACUGAUGUUAAACUGUCGAUUAGAAAUGUCAAAUCAGAGCUAGUUACUUUCUUUUGAACUCAAACAAGGCUUUUAUGUUUAAUUUAAUUUAGUUAAAUUAUAGUGACCUUAUAAGCUACCUCAAUGUACGAUUAAUGUAAAAAAUUCCUGUAAACAGAAAAGGAGAUGCAUGUUGUAUCAAAACCUGUUGUGAAAUAAGUUCGUUUUCUGCUCCCACUUUGAUAUUGCUAAGAGCAAAUCAAUGCAAUGAUGCAUCGCUGUCUUAUAAAUGAAGUAGUUAUCUCAAACAAUAUACUGCUUGCCUAUAUUAUGGAUACUGGUAUUUAAAAAUUCAAUAUCUUCUAAUGUGUCCAGUGGUUUUCUUUUUUUUAUUACUAAUCAAUGACAAUCGAUGAUUAUACAUUAUUCAAAGACAAGUGACAAUACCUAAGUAAAGUUAAGUAAUCUUCAUUCCCUGAAAUUUUUGUUGGCUUUAUAUAUAUUACACUUAUGUGUCACUCAUAGUUGCAUUUGUAUGAUUAUUAAGAAUACAUCUUGUUCCUGAAAGAAAAAAAAAGAUAUUCACAAAAUUAUAUGUGAAACUUUUGUCCAUUUCCAUGACUGUUUAGAAUUAUAUCUUAUUCUGUUAGUCCUUAGACUAUGUAUUGACUUUAUAUAUUUAUUAUGUUUUAUUUUUUGUCUAUAAUUUGUUUUCUGUGAGAUAUUGAUGCUGAUUUUAAAAUUGUAAUGAAUAAUUUUACAGUAAGUAAUCUAUUUGGUAUCUUUAUGCAUAUUCAAAAUUGACAUGGAAAAUUUUUUAUAGUGGUUUACGUGUGUAUUUUAUGUAUAAAGGUGUUUUAAAAACCAGUUUAGCUUGUUUCUACUCAGGAAAAACCAACUUUAUUAUAGAAACAUGUCUACUAAAAAAAAUACGUAUAUUAACGCAAAGACCCUAAUACCUUCCAUGAAGAAUUAUCCAUGCAUUGUUUGUAAUGCUACAUUUUCUAAGAAAAAGGAUUUAGUUGCUCACAGACUUACCCAUAAUGAUGGAAAACCUUACUUUUGUAACAUAUGUGAUAAAGGAUUUGCAAAAAAAAGUACUCUAAAAAAUCAUAGUUUUGUUCAUUCAGGUGAAAAACCUUUUUCUUGUAAUGUAUGCAAUAAGAGUUUUUCCUGGAAAACUAGUUUGAUGGCUCAUAUCCUGGUACAUACUGGAGAAAAACCUUUUUCUUGCAGUAUAUGUAACAAUAGCUUUACUCGUAAAAGUAGUUUAAUGGCUCACAAACUUGUUCAUACUGGUGAUAAACCUUUUACUUGUGCUACGUGCAAUAAGAGUUUUUCAGCAAAAAGUGACUUAACUAAGCACACGUUUGUUCAUACGGGUGUAAAACGUUUUAUUUGCAUUGUUUGCCAGAAAAGUUUUUCACACAGAUGUGACUUAAAUAGACAUAAACUGGUUCACACUGGGGAAAAACCUUAUUCUUGUAAUAUAUGCGAUAAAAAGUUUUCAGCUAGAAGUGCUGUUAAUAACCACAAACUUACCCACACUGGAGAAAAGCCAUAUUCUUGUACUAUGUGUGAUAAAAGUUUUUCUCAAAAUGGUUCAUUAUCUACCCAUAUAAAAAUUGUUCAUUUGGGAGAAAAGCCUUUUUUAUGUACCAUAUGUAAUAAAAAUUUCUCAUUGAAAUAUGACUUAACUAAACACAGCUUUGUUCAUUUUGGUGAAAAGCCUUAUUCUUGUAACAUAUGUGAUAAGAGUUUCCCAGAUAGAAGGCGUCUCAUGAUUCAUAGUGUGGUUCAUUCUGAUGAAAAACCUUUUUCUUGUGAGAUAUGUGGUAAAAGUUUUUCUCUGAAGCACCAUUUAACACGCCACAGAAAUACUCAGCAUGACAGUGAGGUAAUAGCCUCUUCAACCAUCCAUGAAGCCAUCUCUAAAUUUCAAGAUGCUGGUUUGCAAGUGUCUUCCAAUGUAGAAAAAACUGACCAAGAAGAAGAUGGUAGGGAGACUGUAGCAUCUUAUCAUUUAACUUCUCAUGGGUUUGUUCACACUAAAGAAAAGCCAUAUUCUUGUGAUGUAUGCAAUAAAAGCUUUUCAAGUAAGAGUAAUCUUAUAACUCAUAGCCUCGUCCAUACAGGGGAGAAACCUUAUAUUUGUGAUACAUGUAAUAAAGGUUUUUCACAGAAACGUAGUUUGGAAGCUCAUAUACGUAUUCAUACCGGGGAAAAACCUUAUCCUUGUGACUUAUGUAAUAAAAGUUUUUCCCAAAAGAGUAGUUUAAUGACUCACGGGCUUGUUCACAGUAAUGAAAAACUUUAUUCUUGUAGCAUAUGUAAUAAGAGUUUUUCAAGAAACACUUCUUUAAAUAAGCAUACCCUUAUCCACACUGGCGAAAAGCCUUAUUCUUGUAGCAUAUGUAAUAAAAAUUUCUCACAAAGUAGUACUUUAAAAACUCAUUACCUUAUUCAUACUGGGGAAAAAAGUUAUAAUUGUAGUAUAUGUAAUAGAAGUUUUGCAAGAAAGAAUGGUUUAAAGACUCACAGUGUUGUUCAUACUAAUAAUAAACCUUUUUCUUGUAAUAUAUGUAACAAGAAAUUUUCUCGAAAAACUAAUUUAGCUUCUCACUUUUUUGUUCACGCUGGUCGUGCUUAUGAGUACGACUGUGGACUGUCAGAUAAUAUUUCUUUGAAAAACGUCGAUCACAUACACUACAAGAAUAAGGUUGCUCACCAGUAUGAGCACGACUGUGAUGAGUUAGAGAUUGCUUAUAGGAAAAACUCUUAUUACAUACAUUGCAAGAGUAAGGUUUCUCCCCAGUAUGAACACCCACCAAUACAUCUCCUCCAACUGGUAAAAAAACCUAAUUUUUGUGACAUGAGCAAUGAAGGUUCACAUACUAGUACAUUAGAUACCCACAAUUUUUCUCAUAACAUGGAAAAUUCUGAUGUUUAUGAUAUGAGUGGUGAGGAUUUUUCUCUCACAAGUACAUUAACUUCCAAUGAAACUAGUGAAGAACCUGAUUUUUAUGAUAUAUCUACAUCUAAUGAAGGUUUUUUGCACACUGGUAUAUUAACUACCAACAACUUUUCUCCUGCUAGUGAAAAACCUGAUUUUUGUGACAUGUCUAAUGAAGAUGUUUCAGAAAUGACUGCGUUAACAUCGAACAAUAGCUCUCAAACUAGUGAAAAAUCUUUUGCCUGUAACAUAUGUAAUAAGAGUUUUUCACAACGAUCUAAUUUAGCUAAACACGUCGUUGUUCAUACUGGUGAAAAGCCUUAUCGUUGUAACCUAUGUACUAAGAGUUAUACUCAAAAGUCCAAUUUAACUAAACAUAUGGUUGUUCAUACAAAUUAUAAGCCUUAUGCUUGUAAUAUUUGUAAUAAAAGGUUUGCUAUGAAAUAUAAAUUAACUGCCCACAGUUUUCGUCAUACUGGGGAAAUGCAAUAUACUUGUACUAUAUGUAAUGUAAGUUUUUCUCAUAAGCAUCAUUUAACAGCUCAUAAUAUUCUUCAUUCUGAUGUGAAACCCUUUUCUUGUAACAUAUGUAAUAAGAGAUUCUCACAUAAAUAUCGAUUAACUGCCCAUAACUUAGUUCAUACUGGUGAAAAACCUUUUACCUGCAAUGUAUGUAAUGCAAGCUUUUCACAGAAAAGUAUUCUUACAACUCAUUGCCUUAUUCACACUGGUGAAAAGCGUUUUUCUUGCAGCAUAUGUAAUAAGAGUUUUACACAGAAAGCUAGUUUGAUAACUCAUAAUUAUGUUCAUACUGGUGAAAAACCUUUUUCCUGUGCUGUAUGCAAUAAGAAUUUUUCAAGAAAAUAUCAAUUAACUAUCCACAGACGUAUACAUACAGGUGAAAAACCCUAUUCUUGCAAUUUGUGUGGUAAAACUUUUUCUUCGAGGAGCCAUCUUGUUACCCACACCCUUGUUCAUACGGGUGAAAAGCCAUUUUCUUGUGAGAUAUGUAAUAAAAGAUUUUCAAGAAAAUAUGAUUUAACUAUCCAUAGUGCUGUCCAUGCUGGUGAAACAUGAAGCAAAUUUUUUUAGAGAAUGUACUAUAGUUUAUAGAUUCACAGUCUUCAUACUGGUGAAAAGCGUUGUUGUUUUUUAAAUAAUAUAUGAAUUAAAAAUGAACUUGUAGCCAUAUUCAUACUUGUAAAAAAUAUUAAUUUACCACAUUGAAUAAGAUUUUUUUAUUAUAAGAAAUUGCAUAUGCAUUUGUAUUCAUCGUAUAAAAUAAUUUUUAAUUGAAUAAUUUUAAUUGAUUAAGUUUAGUAAAAUUAUUUUUUUGUA